AUGCCCUUUUCAAAUAUUCGGCCACCCAAGGAAGUUUACAUUCUAACGUCGAUUUCAGAUGCAAUCCCAGCACGGUUUAUCGUGGCUCUCAUGUUAUUUUUUGCCUGUUGGAUCAACUAUAUGCUUCGUGUUAAUAUGAGCGUUAACAUCAUAGCCAUGGUACCUGAAGACAAGACAACAAAAACGGUAGAAAGCGAAUGCAAGGCCGUGGCAAAUGACGUUUCAUUACAUAAUGAUACAGAUAUCACAAAGCAGUUGCGUCAGCCGGACGGUGUCGUCAUUUUCUCAUGGACGAACCAAGAACAAGCGUAUGUACUGUCUGGCUACUUCUGGGGCUAUGCAAUCACAAGUCUUAUCAGUGGAACAGCAGCUGAGUUAUGGGGCCCGAGAAGAGUUGUCUUUGUGACGAUGUUCAUCAGCGCAGUUUUAACGAUCAUCAGCCCACAAGCAGCGAGGCUUCACUAUAUGGUCCUUGUAGCUGUUCGAUUUUUUAUUGGAUUAGCGGCGGGCUUCCUGUUUCCGGCACUACACGCCCUAGUGGCACGUUGGGCGCCGCCCACCGAAAAAGGACGAUUCGUGAGCGCCCUUUUGGGAGGCGCGAUUGGUACUGUGGUCACGUGGUCUCUCACUGGACCUCUUAUUGAGACAUUUGGCUGGGAUUUUGCAUUUUAUGUACCAGGAAUAAUAGCAGCGUUGUGGUGCGUGGCGUGGUGGUUUCUUGUGUAUGACUCGCCCGUAUUGCAUCCUAGGAUAUCUGAAGCGGAAAAGGCAUAUAUUUUAGAAGCCAUUGGUGAUAAAGUUCAUAGUGACAGUACAACAAAAAUUGUGCCGCCCUUCAAAAAAAUAUUUACAUCUCUGCCAUUUUUGGCCAUGAUCGUCCUGCAUUACGGUAACAAUUGGGGAAUAUAUUUCGUGAUGACCGCAGCACCUAAAUACGUCUCAAGUGCACUUGGCUUCAACCUGACGUCCACUGGUACUAUCUCUUCAUUGCCAUAUUUGGCACGGAUGAUCUUCUCACUCAUAUUUGGAGCCAUUGGUGAUAGAAUCGUAAAACGCAACAUGGUAUCUACCACGUUCAUGAGGAAGUUCUUCAGCCUCUUCUCUCACGUAUUGCCAGGGCUGCUUCUAAUAGGACUUGGUUACACUGGAUGCGCGCCAAUCCUCUCAAUAGCGCUCAUUACUUUCUCUAUGGGUUCGAACGGUGCGGCAACACUGACGAAUCUUGUCAACCAUCAAGAUUUGGCGCCAAACUUCGCUGCUACUUUGUACGGAAUUGCUAACGGAAUCGGAAAUACUGCCGGAUUUGUUACACCACUAGUCACCGCGUACUUCACUAAAAAUGGAAAUGGUUUUGCGGAAUGGAGACCAGUGUUCUUUACCGGUGCCUCACUCUAUAUCAUAGCUGCGGUAUACUUUAUUCUCUUUGGAACGGGUGAGACCCAAAAAUGGAAUUAUAUCGAGCCAGAAGAGGACAAAAGACCAAGCGCUAGCUCAAACGAUACCACAAUUACAGUCCAAGUUAAAAAUUAA